ACAAAUAAAUAAGAUGUUUUAUAAGAUAUUUUAAAUUAUAAAUAUUUUUUUAAUUAAUUUGAACCUCUUGAGGUCAGUUUCAUUUUAAGAAAUUAAUAUGAUAUAAUUAUGUCGUCCAAUUAAACAACAUCGCGUAUUUCUUAUUUAUUUUUUAAGUAUACUAGCUUUCCGCCGUCGCCAUCGCCCGCCAUAUUAUACAUACUCGUAAAAAUCUUUCUUUUGAAUCAUCCUCUCUAUUACCAAUACCGCAUCAAAAUCCGUACCUAACGUAGUUUUAAAGACCUAAGCAUAAAUAGGGACAGACAGAAAGCGUCUUUGUUAUAAACUAUUUACUGAUCAUUCAAUUUUCUUUAAAAUAUAUAUAUGUUAAGACUUAAAUUUUUUUAAGGUAUUUAUAUUUUUUUAAGGUGCAGUAGAAAACAAUUAACAUCUCAUGUCUAUCUAAAGCGUUCAUAGUUUUAUAAUAAAAAUGAUAGUUUAUGUUCUAAUUUAUUAUUGUUACAGUAAAAGGUGAUAUAAGAAAUGUUUUGAUGACACAUACAUCCAUUUUAUUAAUAUCAUCAGUAAUUUAUACAUGUCAUUUGUUGUGCGGAAACACCCCACGUAGUCUUGACGCAAAACUUCCUCGGACCAUUUGCUUCGUGUCAAGUUCACAGAAGCCGAAACCCGUUCGUGAUGUUGUCGUUAGGGUUAAAGCCAAUGUCCUUUUGGUAUAAAACAAGCAAGAUACACCUGUCCAUGGUCAUUCGUUACUAGACUUUGAAAUAAUAAACUUCUGUGAUAAUAAUACUAUUACUUUAAGUAGGAUGAAAUCUUUAUCAGUUUUGUGCUUACUCGUUGUGGUGGCUGUGGUAUCCGGACGGCCAGAGCAAUAUACGAAUAAAUAUGAUAACGUUAACUUAGACGAAAUCCUCAGCAACAGACGACUGUUAGUUCCUUAUCUCAAAUGUGUCCUAGCCCAGGGAAAGUGCUCCCCCGAUGGAAAAGAGUUGAGGUCUCACAUUAGGGAGGCUCUUGAAAAUUAUUGCGCAAAAUGUACUGACGUACAGAAAACUAGCACCCGAAAAGUGAUCGGUCACCUGAUCAACCACGAGCAGGAGUACUGGCAGAAACUGGUGGACAAAUACGACCCCGAGAAGAAAUACGUGAAAAAGUAUGAGGACGAACUUACAGCUGCUAAAGCUUGAUCAACAUGAUAGACUGUGAUUAGUAUUAAAGAUAUAAUUUCGGAAAUAAAAGAAGUUUAGCAAACUUUAACGUGUUUUUCUUUUGAGUUUGCUAAGGGCGUCAACGACAAGC